CCAAGCUUUCUUGGCAUCUUACCUCGUGCAGAGUCAGAGAACACUGCGGGCUUAGUUCACCAUGAAGAAUCAAACAUUACUCUCGUUGCUUGCAGCUCAAGCCGCCGCGUCCCGAUUUUUUCAAGCUAGCACCAAAAGCCUGAAAGCCAUUCAGGCCGCCAGCCCCGACAUCGCGACAGACAGCUUCGUCCAAAUCCGCAAAGUUGCAAGCAAAUCGCAACGUUCAGCAUAUACCAAAGCCCUCCUGCGCGGCCCCUUGGAAGAUGGCCUGUACAAAGCCGCCACUGCCGCUGAAGAGCCCCUCGACAACCUGCUAGAAGAAGAGUAUGUGGGCGCCGUUUCCUUCGGCAAUCAGUCCUUCCAAGUCAUCUUCGAUACCGGAUCCAGCGACACCUGGCUCGUGCAAUCCGGCUUUCUCUGCGUCGACGAGGAGGGUAACGAACAGACUGAGGACGACUGCUACUUCGGCCCAGCAUUUGACGGGGCAUUCCAGUAUGGCGAGAUUCCGGACGAGAAUUUCAAUAUUGCGUAUGGUGAUGGCGAGUUCUUGACUGGUGUGUUGGGGUAUGAGGACGUGACUGUCGCCGGUAUCACGGUGCUGCAUCAGGAAGUGGGGCUUGUCAACUAUUCGUACUGGUUCGGCGACGAAGUCUCGAGUGGGCUGGUUGGGUUGGCGUAUCCGUAUCUUACGAGUGCGUAUGCGGGGACCAAUGCAUCGAAUGACAGUUUGUCAAACUUUGUGGAGUACGAUCCUGUGUUUACGAGCAUGGUCAAGCAGAACCUGAGUGCACCCCUUUUCAGCUUGGCGUUGACGAGGAAUUCGUCGGAGGGGUAUAUUGCCUUUGGGGGUUUGCCCCCUGUGGAUUAUGCAGGUGAAUUUGCAAGCACGCCUAUUUUGAAGAUCUCCAUCAACGAGCCGUACAAGAGCAUUCCCCAGUACGAGUUCUACACAAUUGUGCCAGACAGCUACACGUGGAAAAACGCAACCACCUCGGCUAGUAAUAUUCCCAUCAUUGUCGACAGUGGCACCACGCUCGCCUACCUACCGACCAAUAUUGCCGAGCCCAUACUCGCGGCAUACUCACCACCAGCUGUCUAUCUGGAGAACGAGGGUGCGUAUUUCGCACCUUGCGACGCCACGCCCCCUGAAUUUGGCAUCACCAUUGGUGGCACCACUUUCCAGAUUGAUCCCAAGGACAUGAUUUAUACUGACAUUGUUGACCCUGAUACCGGCUACUGCCUUGCUGGUAUUGUGGAUGGAGGCGACGAAGGGAGCUUUAUCCUGGGUGGUACCUUUCUCAACAAUGUCGUGGCGGUAUUUGAUGUGGGGGCCGCUGAGAUGCGUUUCGCAGCUCGUGUGCCGUACUAAGUGGUCCUUGGGAGUAAUUGUAACUUGUAGCCUGGAGAAUAGUUGAAACAGCUCACUUCAUGUGCCCAAAUAUCAACGGUGCGAUUGCAUCUAUGUUAGUG